UGGAUUCUGAAGAUGGAUUAGGCACUGUACGUCCAGCAAGCCUUACCUUUGAGAGCGACUUUCUCCUGGGACAAGAACUCGAGUUUUCAGAUCCUGACAAUGACAACAAGAUCAUAGGUCUUGAAAGGUUCUCAGGUGAGUUACAUGAGUUUCUAAGCCUAACUUUGGUAGGGAACAUUAAAGGGUUCAGACUCAAAAUUUUCAUUAGAAGUAAAAACAAUCAUUAUUUUACAUAGAAAUUUCUUGUCAAUAAUUGUUUUUAUUUUUAUUUUAAUAAAGUGAUUUUUUUUAUUACUUGAAAAUAAAUUAUAUGAUGGCUACUGCUAAAUCUUGAGGAUUUUAAACAUGCUUUAGUUUGCUUUAUUGCUGGAAUUUGACAUAUGUGCUCAAUAUGCAACAUUAACUGCAAAGACUGACUUGUAAUAUUAGUGCUAUUAUGCAAACGUGCUGCAUUUUGUCUGUCUGCGAGCACUGUGAUCUUUCAUGUACAGAUGGAAGAAGUGAGUCUACCGUUCUGGAAAAUUUCUCUGGUUUUGGCAUUCUGACAGAACAUACAAUCUUAAAAUGGCAAAUCAGGAAAAAAUACACUGUGCCACCACUAUUAUAUAAGGGUCAUCAAAUCAAGACAGUCAUCACCAUCAAGGACACAUUAUAAUAAGGCAUUUAGUCAUCAUCAUCAUCAUCACCAUCAUCAUCAUCUCCUCUCAGGGUCUUUAUCAUAGUUGUCAUCAUCAUCACCAUCAUCAUCAUCAUCACCAUCAUCAUCAUCAUCAUCUCCCUCUCAUCAUCAUCAUCAUCAGCAGGACCAUUAUAGUCAUCAUCAUUAUCAUUAGGCUGGGUAAUCAUCCACCUGGGGUUUCUGAAACGGGCGAUAUAAAGGCCCGCUCAGACUUCAGACUCACACAUUUCUCCAAACUGCAUGUGCAUGAGGAGUGCAGAAGGAAAGCAACGUUUCAUGGAAAGACAGUGAGCAGAAACACUAUAGCCUUGUGUUUUGUUGGAGUACCAUCUUUUAUUUGUUGCAUUACUUAACGUUUGUCCACUGGCUUAGUGGCUGACAUCAGUCUGCCUGGCUUCCCCUUGGGAGACGAGGAGAGCUCAUCCUUCAGCCGCCUCAGUAUGGAGAGUGACGCCGAUGACCUGCGUGCGACCGAAAGCGAGCAUGAAGAGAGGGUUUCUGAGUCUGCCUUUCCCUCUUACCUCUCUUGCAGGGGCUGUGGGCAGCUCCUGGAAGACCCCCUGGGACCCGGCAUGGACUUGGUGGGGCCCUUCUGCAUGCGCUGCUGCAAAGGGAAUGCGGAUGGUGUUGUGGACAGGAAGCUCUGCUCGGGCUUAGGUUUACAAGCGGAGGCUAGAGGGGGAGGGAAUGAGGGCGCUGGUGCGGAGGAUGGUUCCCUAAAGCUCCACUCAUGCACGCUCUGUGGUUUCACUUCGCGCUACACUAACCAUGUUAAGAGGCACAUGAAGACACACAAUGGCGAAAAGCCGUAUGGGUGUCCGCUGUGCUCCUAUGCAUCGGCACAACUAGUAAACCUGCAAAGGCACUUGCGCAUACACACCGGGGAAAAGCCCUAUAAGUGCAACCACUGCACAUUUGCGUGCAGUUCCUUAGGGAACCUGAAGAGGCAUCAGCGUAUGCAUGCAGUUGGAAGCACAGGUCAGAGUGCCCUUCAGCCAAUAAGCGGCAAUGGUUUAAACCACAUUAUGCCGGGUCAGAAGGAAAAGGAAGUGGCUCCUGCCCCCACCGAAGUUCCAGGUGCUGUGCAAUCUGCCCUGCGACCCCACAUGGAAAGGGGUGGGAACUACUUGCACGCCCUUGAUGGCCUCAGGCUUGCGCAGCAGUCGUCAACAGGGGUGUUGCAGUCUGGACAGAGUGCAUCUGAACCUGCCUCCUUGCCCCCAAGGUUCUUCCCCUUCACUUGUCGGCUGUGUGGCACGGCCCUGGAUGACGAAGACGGAUCUUCGGCCCAAAUAUGUGCAAAGUGCACCCUGGAGAUGCUCACUAAGGACACAUCCAGAUGCCCCGCCGAGCGAGGGGACAAGGUUUACACCUGUGCUGCCUGCCCCUUCCUCACCCACUACCCGAACCACUUGGCCCGUCACAUGAAGACCCACAGCGGAGAGAAGCCAUACAAGUGCCCACAGUGCGACUACGCCUCCGCCCACUUCGACAACCUCAAGCGGCACCAUCGAGUACACACCGGCGAGAAACCCUACAAGUGCCACCUGUGUGACUAUGCCUGCGGCAACCUGGCUAAUCUCAAGAGGCACCAGCGGGUGCAUUCGGGCGCUAAACCCUUUCAGUGCGCCAUCUGCAACUACAGCUGCAACCAGAGUAUGAACCUGAAGCGGCACAUGUUGCGGCACACAGGCGAGAAGCCCCAUAAGUGCCAAGAGUGUGGCUACACCACUGGCCACUGGGACAAUUACAAACGACAUCAGAAGAAGCACAGCCUCACGACAGAUGGCUGGGCUAAAGUGCAGUUGCCUGGAAAUGAGGAAGAGAUGGAGGACGAAGAAGAGGUGUAGCCUCUUAUUGCAAGACAGUUGUCCAUAUGAGAUUUUACUGUUACUGCAUACGCUUUGUUGGUUGCUCUUUUUUUUCUUUGUACCCUCAUUUAUUUUGAAAGCCAUUAUUUUAGACAUUUCCUGGAAUUGUCCACAAGCUGCUACAUGAAGUCAUGCACAAAUUAAAAGACAGUUACCUGAAUGUCCUAAUGCAGGGGUUGUCCUGUCCCGCUCCUGGAGGGCUAGCCUUCUUGCAGACUCUAAAGCAUAAAACACUAAACACACUUUAAACACACUUCUAAACACACAUUUAAACACUAAGCACACCUGAAAUGGCUAAUCAAGGUCUUUAGGGUGACUUGAAAAUUCCUGCCAGGUUUGUGGGAGAUGAUCAGCACUAAACUCUGCUGGAAAGUGGUCCCCCAGGGGCAGGUUUGGACAUUCCUGAUUAAUGCCUUUGAACAAGGCAGUUUGUGUUACACAAAGAGUGUUCUGAGCCUGAUUGUGGUUCAUUUAUCAGUGCCAAACUCUGCACCACUGCCACAGGAAGUUCUUCUUUAAGCCUGGAGCUACAUUGCAUGCACUUAAAGUUUACCCUGGUUGGCUCUUUUGAGGUUUUAUGUGUUUGAUCAUUUAUUCAUCAAAGAAAUUCAAAACCCUACUGAUGAAAAUGUCUGUUAUGUUGUGAUCUUUGAUAAUCUUGUUUUUGCUCUCAAUAAUUCUGAGAGGUUAUGUUGCCUUUUAUUGUUGUGUGUAUCUUCUUUGACUGUGAAAAAUGCCAUUUGUCUGAGUUUACUUGAAGCAAAAUGGUGCAUAGUGGGUAUCCGUGUCAUGCUGAACAUAAGAGCUUUUAUUUUUGUAUGUGAUUUCAUUUUUUUUUUUUAUCUCUGAGGAAUGUUUGGCAUGUGUUUGCCACCCCUUGGCAUUGUUAGCUAUACUGAAGGACGACAGUAACCGUAAACCCUAAUAUGCAGUUAAACCUUCAGGUUGCCAAAAACGACAGAUCAUUGAUGUAAUCUUGUAGGUGUGUGAUGCUCGAGUGUUUUCUUGUUAUUAUGCAGUGGUUUCAUUAAUGCCUUAACCUCAAAUAAAAGAGUUUGUGUUGAAACUUCAUCUAAGUUAAUUUGCCAUCUUUCAGUCACACGACUGCUCAGAAGUAAGUUCCUAAUAGACCAGCAGGGUAUGAUUAAGCUGUGGAGACAGGCAGCGUGUAAUCCUCACACUUUCAUAAUGAGAGCUGUGAUCCUCUGCUGCGAACAGCUCUGGUAAACAUGCUAAUGAAGACGGCGCCCCGGGCCGCACCGGAGCACUGACAACUCUUGGCAGUGAUCUUCAUGCUGUUAGCUUGUGAGAAUGAGUCGGAGAUCAUUUUUCUGAAGCGUUACAGCCUGUUUUGAGGCAAAAGCUUACAUUAAAAAUCAAUUUUUACAAUCUGUGAUCACUGAAUGAUGAAACAAAUUGUAGGAGGUCAAAAAGCUACAUUUUCAAUGGUUCAACCUUGGACCUUUAGUGUUUUUUUUUUUUUUUUUUACACUAAGCACAGGAGUCAUUGUGUCUACAGGCAAUCUCAUGAUAAUCACACAUGCUGAAAUACCCAUCAUGCUUGUGUUAUUAAACCAGGGAACAGAAAACAACACAGAGUAGCACCAUUUGGCACCUAAAUUUAUUGAAACCCAGAAGGCUCUAACUUCCAUUCUUGGAUUUAAAAUGAAGUGAGAAUUUGAGAAAUAAAUCAUACUGAUUCAUGAGCGAUAUACAGGGUUUAAGAUUAAAGAUGGUUACCCCUUUCAUCCUAGAUGAUGAUGAUGAUGAUGAUGCUGGUGAACAUACUGAACAUGGCAAUCACAAAUUACAAUCAUCAGCUCAAAAAUAAUCAGCCAUACAGAACACAGACAUGAGAACAACCUUCGUAUUUAACACAUUCUGCCUAUGGGAGGAAUCAUAUUAUAUAUAUCAUCUGGGAUGAAGAAUAAGGGAAUUUCAUUCAAUUUGACUAUCAUUGCAGUCAAAAACCCAGCAUAAAUUUAAAACCCAUCCAUUUCCCAAGCACCAUGUGAUCACAGUCCUCUGAGAUGAUUGCCACAAUGCAUUUAGUAAAAUACAAAAUGGAUCUAAAUGUAUAUGAUAAAAUGAAAACGAAAAAUGCAGACUGGAAUGAUAUUCUUCAAAAUCAAAUAUAUAAAGUGUACUAAGACUAUCGCUGAAAUUUAGAUGCGAAAUUUGUAAACACUCUUUUUCGACAAUUUUGUAAACACUGAUAAAUGUUAGUUUCUAAUCUUUUUAUUUUUAUUUAUACACAGCCUGGAUUAUAUUUGGUCAAAUGAUAAUACAGAUAUUAGUAAAUAUUCAGAAUAUAUAUAUUUAAAUUGCAUGUACAUUAAUAAAAGUGACAUUACCAUGAUUUUUUUGUGCAAAAUGCUUUAGUGAACUACAAUUUUGGCAUUUAUGAGAAACCUUUGUAAAUAUCGGUUCAAGAAAAAAAAAAAAAAAAAAA